UUGAUAUGGAGAGCUGUGUUUACGAGUGAGCUCUGAAGUCUGAACACUCUUCUCAGAUUCUCAGUCUAAAAAACUUUGAGAGCUUAUUAGACGACAACAGACGCUACAAAACGACAUGAACGACGAGAGCCUCCGGCAAGAUUUGGACCCCCAAAGCGAUCAGAGCUCCGAUUACCUCCCACCUCAGCCCCACCACCCUCUCCCUUCCCAACCCCAACCCCAACCCCACCCCCAGCCUCGCCGGCCACGUGGCUUCGCCGCCACAGCCGCAGCCGGCUCGGUGGGCCCCGUCUCUCCCUCCUCCACCAAGGGGGGAAGGAGAGAGAGGGAGAAGGAGAAGGAGCGGACGAAGCUCCGAGAACGCCUCCGCCGAUCGAUCACCAGCCGUAUGCUCGCCGGACUCCGCCAGUACGGCAAUUUCCCCCUGCCUGCGCGCGCAGAUAUGAACGAUGUGCUCGCAGCUCUGGCGCGUGAGGCCGGCUGGGUCGUCGAGACUGACGGCACCACUUAUCGCCAGUCUCCACCUCAAAUUGGAGGAGCGUAUUCGAUGAGCUUGAGGUCAGUGGAGACUCCAGUGUCAGGUGUUAAAGCACCGUUGGAGUGUCAUCCAUCAUCAGUAGUUAGAAUUGAUGAGAGUUUGUCUCCGGCUUCGCUUGAUUCUGUUGUGAUUGGGGAGAAGAAUGAGAAGUUUUCGAAUAGUAGUCCUGCCAUGAACUCUGUAAAUUGCUUAGAGACUGAUCAGCUCAUGCAGCACAUUCCUUCUGCUGCAGGGUUUGCACCUGCCCCAUACGUCCCUCUCUAUGUGACACUUGCAACUGGUUUCGUCAACAAUUACUGCCAGUUGGUUGAUCCUGAAGGGUUAAGACAGGAGCUGACUCAUAUGCAAUCGCUAAAUGCGGAUGGUGUUGUUGUGGAUUGUUGGUGGGGUAUUGUUGAAUGCUGGAGCCCCCAGAAAUACGAUUGGUCCGGUUAUAGGGGUCUAUUUAACAUUGUACGCGAGUUCAAGCUAAAAUUACAGGUUGUAAUGGCAUUUCAUGAGUAUGGAAGAAGCGAGUCCGGUGAAGCCCUUAUUCCUCUUCCGAAGUGGAUUUUAGACAUUGGUAAAGAAAACCAGGACAUAUUCUUUACAGAUCGAGAAGGAAGGAGGAAUACUGAAUGUCUAUCCUGGGGCGUCGACAAAGAGAGAGUUUUGCAUGGAAGAACUGGUGUUGAGGUCUAUUUUGAUUUCAUGAGAAGUUUCCGUACCGAGUUUGAUGACUUGUUUGGUGAGGGUCUUAUUUCUGCUGUGGAGAUUGGACUUGGAGCUUCUGGGGAGCUAAAGUAUCCUUCCUUUUCAGAAAGGAUGGGAUGGAGAUAUCCUGGUAUCGGCGAGUUUCAGUGUUAUGAUAGAUACCUACAACAAAGUCUGCAUAAAGCAGCAAAAUUGCGUGGGCACUCAUUCUGGGCUAGAGGACCAGAUAAUGCUGGUGAAUACAAUUCUCGGCCACAUGAAACUGGCUUCUUCUGUGAGCGUGGUGAUUAUGAUAGUUACUAUGGACGCUUUUUCCUUCAUUGGUAUGCCAAGACACUAAUUGACCAUGCAGAUAAUGUCCUAUCUCUUGCAAGCCUUGCCUUUGAUGAAACAAAAGUAAUUGUCAAGGUUCCUGCUGUUUAUUGGUGGUACAAAACACCUAGCCAUGCGGCAGAGUUAACUUCUGGGUACUAUAAUCCUAGAAACCAAGAUGGGUACUCUCCAGUGUUUGAAGUUCUGAAGAAACAUUCAGUGACGGUUAAGUUUGUUUGCUCGGCACCAAAUGAUGGUGAUGAAGCAUUGGGUGAUCCAGAAGGUUUGAGUUGGCAGGUUUUAAAUUUAGCUUGGGAUAGAGGAUUGACUGUGGCUGGGGAAAAUGCACUGUCAUGCUAUGAUAGAGAAGGGUGCAUGAGAAUUGUUGAAAUGGUGAAGCCAAGAAAUGAUCCUGAUCGCCACCAUUUCACAUUCUUUGUAUAUCAGCAACCAUCUCCUCUAGUUCAAGGGACAAUUUGCUUUUCGGAGUUGGACUUUUUCAUCAAGUGCAUGCAUGGUGACAUGGCUGGGAAUAUAGUGUCGUGUUAGUAUAAAGAAUUGACUUUCGUGGGAGAAUGUAACCAGAAUGGAUCUCAAUUGCUGGUGCCGGUAGUAUCAUGCAAAGCUAAAGUAGAUAAUGAACAGUGAUGGUUCAAUUGGGAUAAAACCACUGGUUGCAACAUGUCUUGGGCUUCGAUAUGAUUGGUAGAACGGUAGAACACAUUCACUUGAUCUUGUAUCUUUAUCUUUUGUAUUUCUUAUCUAAACAAGGCAGUUUUAGAAAUUAGGCAGUUGGUACAUAGUUGUUCAUGGUAAGAUGUAAGGAGUUUUAUGUUUAGGGUUCCUGUAGCUAUAUGGUUGUAUCAAAAUGGCAGAUUUAGCCAGGUAAACAAGUUUGUUAGCGAUCUAAUUUCAGAUGGUUUGCAUUUGCAAUUGCAUA